AUGUCUAAACCUAGAGUUGCAAUUAUCCUUUACUCCUUGUAUCACCAUGUUUACACCUUAGCCCAAUCGGCUAAAUUAGGGGUCGAGUCAGCUGGUGUCAAGGCCGAUAUGUUUCAAGUUAAAGAGACACUAUCGCCAGAAAUAUUGAAAUUGGUUCAUGCUAAACCAAAAUUGGACUUGCCAAUUGCUGAUAACGAAACACUCACUAAAUACGAUGCGUAUUUACUUGGUAUUCCAACAAGAUACGGAAAUAUGCCUGCUCAAUGGAAAUCGUUCUGGGAUGGUACCGGUGGCUUGUGGGCAUCAGGAGCUUUAAGAGGAAAACAUGCUGGUGUCUUUGUUAGUACUGGAACUCCAGGAGGAGGUCAAGAAACAACAGUGAUUAAUACCUUGAGUACAUUGGCCCACCAUGGAAUCAUAUAUGUUCCAUUCGGUUACGGACACCCUCAGCAAACAAAUUUAGAAGAAGUUCAUGGUGGUUCUCCUUGGGGCGCUGGAACAUUUGCUGCUGGUGAUGGAUCUAGACAAGUUACUGAACUUGAAAAAUCAAUUGCUAAGCAACAAGGUCACGAUUUCGUCGAGAUGAUUACUAAAUGGAAGCAGUAG